CCCCGAUUAGCUUGCGAGGAAACCCCCCCCUAACCAACGAAGCAUCUGUUGGCCGUUUCAUGACGAGUCGGUGCUUCCUCAGACGCUGCGCUCAAGUGUCCUAGACAUCCUCUCAGAUAACGCGUCUCACACCCAGGCCUCAAGAUGAUGUGCGAGGUGAUGCCCACCAUCUCGGAGGACGGGCGCAGCGGUGGAGGAGGCGGCUCGUCUUCCCCGGCGGGGGUCGGAGGAGGGUUGGGCGGAGGGAUCGGAAGCAUCGGCGGUUACGGCAGCAGGGAUUCCCGCGGUAGUGCUGGUAGUGGUGGCGGCAGCGAUGAGGGGGGCAGCACAGGCAACCUGGAGUCGCUGAUGGUGAACAUGCUGACGGAGAGGGAGAGGCUCCUGGAGAGCCUGAGGGAGACCCAGGACAGUCUGGGGACAGCACACCUACGCCUCAGAGAUCUGGGCCACGAGAAGGAGUCCCUGCAGAGGCAGCUGUCCAUCGCCCUGCCACAGGAGUUUGCAGUGCUGACCAAAGAGCUGAACCUCUGCCGGGAACAGCUGCUGGAGAGAGAGGAGGAGAUCGCCGAGCUGAAGGCAGAGAGGAACAACACACGGCUGCUGCUGGAACAUCUGGAGUGCUUGGUGUCCCGUCACGAGCGCAGCCUGAGGAUGACCGUGGUGAAGAGGCAGGCCCAGUCCCCAGCCGGGGUCUCCAGUGAGGUGGAGGUCCUUAAAGCCCUCAAGUCCCUGUUUGAGCACCACAAAGCUCUGGAUGAGAAGGUCAGGGAAAGGCUCCGGGUGGCUUUGGAGCGAGUGGCGUCUCUGGAGGAAGAGCUGCAGUCCUCCUCUCAAGAGGUUCUGUCUUUAAGGGAACAAAUCAAGCGACGGCAGCAAGGACUAGACAACGGUAAAGAGAAGCUUCCCAACGGACCUUCCUCCAUCCUGGAUGACGCGGACAUCGACAGGCAGCGAGAGGGCGAGAUAGAGCGACAGAGGUCCGAGCUGGGACAGCUGAAAGAGAGACUGGCCCUCAUGUGCAGACAGGUCGGCGAGAUCGAGGAGCAGCUGACGUCCGCCAGGAGGGAGCUGGCCCGAUCGGAGGUGGCCAACCAGAAACUACAGAGGGAUGUGAAAGAGGCACUCUGUCAAAGGGAAGACAUGGAAGAGAGAAUCACCACGUUAGAACGCAGGUACCUGAGCGCCCAGAGGGAGGCGACGUCUCUCCACGACACAAAAGAUAAACUGGAGAACGAGUUGGCCAGCAAAGACUCGCUCUACAGACAGAGCGAGGAGAAGAACCGGCAGCUCCAGGAGCGUCUGGAUGAUGCCAAACAGAAGCUGCAGCAAACUCUGCAGAGGGCCGAGACACUGCCUGAGAUCGAGGCCCAGCUUGCACAGAGAGUGGCAGCACUCAACAAGGCGGAGGAGCGUCAUGGUAACUUUGAGGAGCGACUGCGACAGAUGGAGGCGCAACUGGAGGAGAAGAACCAGGAGCUACAGAGGGCGAGGCAGAGGGAGAGGAUGAACGACGAACACAACAAGCGCCUCUCCGACACGGUGGACAAGCUGCUCUCUGAGUCCAACGAGCGGCUACAGCUCCACCUGAAAGAGAGGAUGGCCGCCCUGGAAGAAAAGAAUGCCCUGUCUGAGGAACUAUCCAACAUGAAGAAACUCCAGGACGAUCUCUUGGCAAACAAGGACCAGCUGAUAGCGGAGCUGGAGCGGAUUCAGCUGGAGUUAGAUCAGCUGAGAGCGAGGCCUGGGGGCUCUUAUUCCAGUCGCUCUCUGCCAGGUAGCGCUCUGGAGUUGAGGUAUUCCCACGGGAGUGGUUCGCUCCCAACAGGCUCGACCACUCACCUGGAUCCCUUCGGCAACGCCUCGGCCGGGGGCGUGGUCAGGCGAAGUCACCGGGCCCGUUGGAGCUCCGCCAGAGAGGACUCUACCAAGAACUACAGUACUACUCUCUGUGUACAGUACCCAGACUGGGAGAGCGGGGCCCUACUGGGAACCGGGUUCGAGCCGGGCUUGGAUGUGGGCUGCUCCGAUGACGAGGACGACGGGGAGGCUCGGUUUGGCUCGGAGCUGCUGUCCCCCAGCGGACAGACGGACGUGCAGACCCUGGCCAUCAUGCUGCAGGAACAGCUGGAGGCCAUCAAUAAGGAGAUCAAGCUGAUCCAGGAGGAGAAGGAGAACACCGAGUUACGGGCCGAGGAGAUCGAGAGUCGGGUCAGCGGGGCUUUGGACAGUCCGCCCAUCCCUCCGUCCUCCCUAGGGAGAGACGGCACAGGACGGGGCUUCAUCCCCUCGUCCAUCACAUCCUCCACCCUGGCCUCCCCCUCUCCCCCCAGCUCUGGACACUCCACCCCUCGCCUGCCUCACUCCCCGGCCCGUGAGACUGAUAGACAGAACAGCAAAGACGAUGACCGUUCCCUCGCCGUUCUGGACUCGACGCCUCCUUCCACUCCUCGUGCACUGCGUUUGGACAGAAUGACCCUCACCCAUCCUGGAGCGAUGCUCGACGACCCCCGGGAGUUUCGCAGUCUCUCGGCAGAUGGCAGCAGCACCAACAGCAGCCAAGAUUCUCUACACAAGUCCAGUAAGAAGAAAAGCAUCAAGUCUUCCAUCGGUCGGCUUUUUGGGAAGAAGGAGAAAGGAAGGAUGGGCCAACCUGGGAGGGAAGGAUCCGCUUCUCUCGCAUCUACACCCUCUGAAGACAUGGCCUCUGGAGACACAAUGGGGAUGAACAAGACUGGGACUCUGGGUCCAGCAGAUAAAGACCGCCGCAGCAAGAAGAAGCAUGAGCUACUGGAAGAAGCAUGUCGCCAAGGACUUCCCUUUGCAUCCUGGGAUGGACCCACUGUUGUGUCUUGGUUGGAGCUGUGGGUGGGCAUGCCGGCCUGGUAUGUCGCAGCCUGUCGCGCCAACGUGAAGAGCGGCGCCAUCAUGGCCAACCUGUCGGACACAGAGAUCCAGAGGGAGAUCGGCAUCAGCAACCCGCUUCACCGCCUCAAACUGCGGCUCGCCAUCCAGGAGAUGGUGUCCCUCACGAGCCCCUCCGCCCCGGCCAGCACCCGCUCGUCGACCAGUAACGUGUGGAUGACCCACGCCGAGAUGGAGUCCCUGAACGCAGCCACCAAGCCUCCGGACAUAGUGUUGAGCGUCUUUUUCUCUUCCUCUGGUUGCUGUUUCAGUGUGAACUGCUUCCAACUAAUUACCCGUUCACUAACACACUAUUCCUUCCUUUUGUCCUCUUUUCCUGCUGCUGCUGCUCCCUCCUUCUCUGCUUCUCCUCCAUCAUCUCUCCAUCUGUCCACCCUGCUCUUGACCCCUGCUCCUCUUUCCCUCGCCACCUCCACAUCACUCUCUCCGACUCUGUCUCUGUUUCUCUCUCUCUCUCUCUCUCUCUCUCUCUCUCUCUUUCUGCCUCUUCUCUCGGCGCUGCAGGAGCUCAAGGAGUUCAGCUGGGAUCAGAUACUGGCCUAUGGUGAUAUGAAUCAUGAGUGGGUGGGCAACGACUGGCUGCCCAGCCUGGGCCUGCCACAGUACCGCAGCUAUUUCAUGGAGUCCCUGGUGGAUGCCCGCAUGUUGGACCACCUCACCAAGAAGGAGCUGAGAGGACAGCUGAAAAUGGUGGACAGCUUCCACAGGGUCAGUUUGCAUUAUGGCAUCAUGUGCCUGAAGCGUCUGAACUACGAUCGCAAGGAGCUGGAGAGGAGGAGGGAGGAGAGCGUCCACCACAACAAAGAUGUGAUGGUUUGGUCCAAUGAGCGUGUGAUGUGCUGGGUGCAGACUAUCGGUCUGAAGGAGUACGGCGACAACCUGCGUGAGAGCGGCGUCCACGGGGCUCUGCUGGCUUUGGACGACACCUUUGACUACACUGACCUGGCCCUGCUGCUGCAGAUCCCCAAUCAGAACACACAGGCCAGACAGCACCUUGAGCAAGAAUACCAUUCGCUUAUCUCCAUGGGAACCGAGAGACGACCUGAAGAGCAGGACGGAGCGAAGACGUUCACCCGCUCGCCCUCCUGGAGGAAGAUGUUUCGGGAGAAAGACCUCCGGGGCGUGACGUCCGACUCCGCCGAGACCCUGCCUGCUAACUUCCGUGCCUCAGCCAUCUCCACGCCCUCCGUUACCCUAAGAAAGGUUCAGAGUGAUGCCAGCUCUGGUGCCCGGGGUGAAUCUGCCUCAGUGAGGACGUACUCCUGUUGAGGGGCUGAGGGCGCCGCCUGGAUCGGGGCUAGAGAACCCUCUCGCUCAUCCACGGGGAAGGAAGCAAUGAAUAUAACCAUUUAACUUAAAAAUAAAUCUAUCGGUCUGACCAUUCUGCAAUAACAGGAGCAAAGGAAUGAAGGGGAAAAUGACGUGAAGAAUGUAUGAAUGUGUUUUCCGAUCAGACUGGGAAGACUGAGUGGGAUCAGCUGUUUUCUCUCUGUGUCUCUCUCUUCCUGUUGCUCUGUCUUUGCUUUUUCUCCCUCGGUGUGGGGGUUAAUGAAUGGGCAACACCGGUGUUGGUCGCGCAGGUCCCCCCCCCCCCCCCCUUCUUCAUUCCUGUCAGAGUCUGCACACAGUCGGCAGAGUUGGCAUUAUCAGGGCUCAUUUUCCUACCGACAGAGGAAACCACUACUCGCUGCCAUUUAUUCUCUUACAGUUUGAAAACAACUAAACGUGUCGCCUUAUUACUUCUGCUUGACAACAGGUGUUUUUAAUGAGAGCCGGGGCAGAAGUUAACCUCACCGUAAAGUUUAAAUUUAAACACAAGAGGAAUGACUGGAAGGCUGUUAAAUUGUAAAGUGAUUGGGGAUAAUGGCCGGGUUAUAACAGACAACACCGGUGUUCUCCUUUCUGCUCACGGAGUCCGGUGUCAGCCAUCGUGGCUCUAUUGUCUGCUUCUAUGGUCCCAUCAGGGGUGUCUUUAGUGUCCCCGAUUGGUCAGAGUAGUGUAGUAAAUCAGGUUGGACUUCCGACCACUGUUUGGCUCCGAGCACAUCAUAGGGACCCUCCCCAGGCUUUUGUCUAUUGGCACCUUGAAAGCCGAUAGGCUGAGUAAUCUCUUUUGAAGAGACCCUAUUAUAGAGAUCAAAGGCCCAGAGGUGGAUGGGACAGGGUGGAGCGAGGCCACAGAGGCUUUGUGUUCAGGAUGUCCAUUAAGGUAGGGUUGGUACCACUUUCUGAAACUUUUAAAGUUUUUUUUUUUUCACAUGAAGGUCAGUUUGCUCGUUUACAUGAGAAGAACUACUCAGCCUGUAAAAACUGUUGUAUAGUGUCUUCUGUGGUGCUGGGUGAGCUUUC